UGUGGGCGGUUUAUUCGGUUGAUAUAUGUCAUCACAUUGUUUAUGUAUUAUUUAUUCUUCCUAUAACCGUUUUAAAUAUUAAUUACAAGUGUCAAAGUAUUUUGUGCAUUAGAAGGAUAAUUCUUUAGGUGAAAAAACGUAAAUUUCUACGUUAAUUAUUAAUAAGUUUCAGAAAAUAUGUCAGACGACGAAGAUUUGGUAUAUGUAAAGAAACAAAAAAUUGUACAUUAUGGAUCUUUGGAAGAAGCAGAACGUGCUCGUCUUGCUGCAGCAGCAGAGGGUUCGGAAGAAGAAAAAGAAGCCAAUAAUUCUAACGAUGCAAUUAACGUAUCCAUGGCUGGCAAUAUACAUAUCUCCAAUGAAUAUAUGGAAUUGGAAGAUGAAAUGUCGAAAGAUAGGCAAGCAUUGUUGGAAGAAUUUGAACGCAGGAAGAAGGCCAGACAGAUCAACGUAUCCACGGAUGAUUCAGAGGUAAAAAAGAAUUUAAGACAGUUAGGCGAGCCAAUAUGUUUGUUCGGCGAAGGUCCUGCAGAUAGACGAACCAGAUUAAGAGAGUUGUUGGCGAGCCUUGGAGAGGAUGCGAUAAAGAAGAAACACGAAGAAGAGGAAAAGCCUUCUCAUGCGGUUGAGAGGGAUACAGAAUCUACGUGGUAUCACGAGGGACCGGAAUCUCUUCAAAUAGCUCGUUAUUGGAUAGCAACUUUUUCUUUAGCCAGGGCAAAAAUCAGGUUAGAAAAAGCAAGACAGGAUUUUGAAUUGCCAGGUGCUACCCGUACAGCUCGUAGACAAGAACUUUUGAAAAAGCUCCAAGCCUUAUCCAUAUAUUGUUCUCAAAUCGGUGAUACAAGACCAAUAUCGUUUUGUCAGUUUAGUCCUAAUUCAAAAAUUCUUGCUACAGCCUCGUGGUCUGGCUUAUGCAAAUUAUGGUCUGUACCAGACUGUACUCUCUUACGAACUCUUCAGGGUCACGCCUGUAACGUCAGUUGCAUCGUUUUCCAUCCUAAUGUCACCCUUUCCGAAGAGAUUGUAGGAGACGAAGCAGGACAGACAUGCGUAUUGGCAUCUUGUGCUUCAGAUGGUACUGUCAAAUUAUGGGCUGGCGGUAAAGGUGAAGAACCUUUAGCAGAAGUCGAAGGACAUGAACCACACAGAGUUUCACGGAUUGCUUUUCAUCCAUCGGGAAGAUUUCUUGGAACUUGUUGUUACGACGCCUCCUGGCGGUUAUGGGAUUUAGAACAACAGGCAGAAGUUUUGCAUCAAGAAGGUCAUGCUAGAGCUGUACACUGUAUGAGCUUUCAGUCGGAUGGUAGUGUCAAUGCUACCGGUGGUCAUGAUUCUUUUGGUAGAGUUUGGGAUUUACGAACGGGUAGAUGCAUUAUGUUCAUGGAAGGGCAUUUAAAAUCUAUCUUUGGCAUCGAUUUUUCACCCAAUGGUUAUCACAUAGCCACAGCUAGCGAAGAUAAUACUUGCAAGAUCUGGGAUCUACGGAAAAGGUCUUGCAUAUACACUAUUCCUGCUCAUACCAAUUUAUUAUCGGACGUGAAAUAUCAAAGAGGAGAAGGCCAGUAUUUGGUUACAUCAUCGUACGAUAAUACGGCCAAAAUUUGGUCGAACAAAACCUGGCAACCGUUAAAAACUUUGCCAGGGCACGAUGGCAAAGUGAUGUCCAUCGAUGUUUCUCCCGAUCACAAAUUUAUCGCGACCAGUUCCUACGAUAGGACAUUUAAAUUAUGGGCACCCGAAAAUAUUUAACAUAUCUAAAUAAUAAUAAAUAAUAGAAAAAUUCCUUCUUUCCUAAGGAAGAAAGAACAACAGAAUUAUUUGUAUACUUUCGACAUACAAUUUUAAGUAAUAAAAAGAAAUAUCUUUACGUUGCAUCACGUUGCAUCACGUUGCAUUGCGUUAUUCGUAUGCGAAGUGUCGCCUACGCAACGUGGAUUUUAAAAAAAUACGCUUUAAAAUAUCGUUCAACGAUCGUUCAACGUUGUAAAUAUUUACUAAUAUAUUACGCAAUCAAAGAGGGAUGGAUCUAUUGGAC